AUGCUCCUUCCGCUUGUGCUCGAAAUUAUUGACAAGGCUGUUGAACGCGAAGAGCUUUGUGAUCAGAAGAUAUCUCUGCUGAAGAAGCAGGUGGCAGAGGCAGAGCAGCGCGCCGCUGAAGCUGACCGCCAAGUCUCCAAACUCCAGAAUGAAGUGGAUCGUCUCGAAGGUGGGGGAACUUGCUGCAUCUUGUGCACGGCCAUUAUGCUCAUGCUGCCUUAUAUGCACAUGUCUCUAUCUAGACAGCGCAUGAAUCGUAUCCUUAGAUAUCACAUCUUCGGCGUAUUAGAAGAUUGCAUUCGUCGCUUAGACUCGCCAUCGCGGAAGUUCCUUGCGGCCUGUUUCACCUUACACACGCCUGCACGCGCAUGGCCCCCCUCCCUCCCUCCCUUCUUCCGUCCGCUCGUCCGAGUCUGUAUGUUCUGUCUGAGACGAGGAUGCGCCGGCUCUUGCAUGCCUCACUGCGUCAGAUCGCAGUCGGCCGCUGACACGCCACUAAUGCCGCCUUUCUCCACCCAUCCCCCUUUCACAAUGCCACCGACAGAUGAACUGCUGGCCGAGAAGGUCCGCUACAAAGAGCUCUCCGGCCGGGUCCACUGUCGCCCUGCCGACGAGUCGGCCGAAGAUUGCGCUCGCGUCUGCCUACGGCCACCAGCACCCCCCCACGCCUAUACAUGCACAGUGCCACAGUUUUUAUUUUCCCUCGGCCCUAUAGCUAUUUUAUCUCCCCAUUCGAUAAUUCACCUCUCCGUCAUACCUCCUCCCCCCACGUGUACUCAGGCCGCACUGCCCUACAGAUGCAGAACAGUCUCAUCUUGUUCACUUUGUCCUUCUGGCUCUUUGAUGACUUUCGGCUUUUCCACUCGUUCGCCUCACCUUCCCAUCCUCACCCGACCCUUGUCACACCUUUCUGCCCGACUUGCCCCACCGUGGGCGGUCGGCAGCGGCCACGGAUCUGACACAAUUUCCCCACAUCCACACGUUUCGCCCAGACCAAUUGGCCAACCUGCCCCCCCGACUCACGCC